AUGAAGCUAAGAAGACAUGAAGCAAAAAGCCGCAAACAGCAAAAGACUCUUGCAUUUUGCGCAGUAACAUCUUCAAAAGUAUCAGAAGAAAUUCGACAAAUCAUGCUGGUGGAAUUUAAGAUCUCAUAUUACAAAACAACAAAAUUCCUUUUCCUUGCUUCAGGGUCUCAAAGGAAAACAUAA